AAGCCCAAAAAAAUGAGUUGUAUUUGCUUAAUCACUUACAGUCCCAUGGUACAAUCCGCAGGCAAUCACAACCCGUGCCAACUGUCCAACUGCCUCAACUGAGCCGAGUCUGCUUCCGGUCACUAUAAAUACGGCGUUACUUGGCGCCUGAUUCAUUUUUAACUUCCACACUCCCGAGUGUUGCAGAGACCUCUUAACAGCGAGAUCUUCGUUAACGAUAUUCUAGGGUUUUUCUUCGAUACAAUUCAAAUGCGAAAUCUAAACUCUCAAAGUUGCAGACUCAUUGAGAUCGAGAGCUUAGAAAACUGAUUUCUAGGGUUUAAUUCGUUCCGAUUCAACUGACGGACUCUAAAUCCUAAGCAUCGAAGUUGACUUGAGCGCGAGAGCUUCGAGAACAGAUUUCUAGGGUUUUCACUACUCGUUCGAUCUGUGGUUUCAUAAUGCAUAAGCUGAUAGGGCUAUCAGGCAUGAAGAGUUUGGAUCGCUUCAAAUCGCUGCCAGGAGCUCCUUCGGGAGCAGAGAAAACCUAUUCGAUCUCUUCAAGGCAGCCUUCGGUUUCAGCUUCAUCUGGAAGCUUUGCGAAUUUGAAGCUCACUGCAGAAAAAAUGGUCAAAGAGCAAGCUUCUGCAAAAACUGACCUUGAAUUGGUGAGUUCUAAAUUGAAGAAAUUAACAGAGCACGUCCGUGCAUUGGAGGAAAAAUUGCAGAAUGCAUAUAAUGAGAAUGCGAAGCUCAAAGUGAAGCAGAAAGAAGACGAGAAACUAUGGAAUGGACUGGAAUCAAAAUUCUCUUCAACAAAGACCUUUUGUGAUCAACUCACUGAAACUUUACAAUACUUGGCAGCACAGGUUCAGGAUGCUGCGAAAGACAAGGCAUUUUUUGAAGACAAAUUAUCUACAAGUUCGAUGGCACUUGAUAAUUUGCACCACCAGAUGAAGUCUAUGUCUUUGAAAUUAGAGUCUUCAGAGGAAACUGUUAGAAAUCGCGAACAAGAGCUGAAGGAACUCAGCAUUGAGAAACAGGAAAAGGAAAAAUCAUUCAGAGAUGAACAGUGCAUAGCUGCAAAUCGCAUUGAAGAAAAAGAUGCCACGAUCCAGAAUUUAGAAGAAACUGCAGCAGCUAAUAGAUUGGCUAUAGAGAGUUUGAACUUGAAGUUGGAAGAGUUGCAUCUUGAUUUGAGAUUAAAGGAAGACGACCUUAUACAUUUGAGAAUCUCUGAGGAGAACUUGGAGAAGGAAAAGAGUGAUCUUCUAUCUAGCUACAAUGAUCUUGUUAAAAGAUUAGAUAUUGCACACCAGGAAAUAAAAAAUCUUGAAGAUUUUGUCAAAAUGCUAGCUGCAAAGUUGAUUGAACUCGAUAAACAAAGUUUGACCUUCUCAGACAAGGUGGUUGAGCUUAACACUUUGUAUGACUCAUGCUUUCAGUUGGCUCAGGAAGAGAAAGACCUUGCUGCUCAGUGUGCUCAACAACAAUACAGUGGACUCCAUGAUCAGUCCUUGCAUGUUACAUCAGAAAAAGAUGCAUUACAAUCGCUAAAUCAGGAGUUGAAUAACAAGAUCAUUGAACUUCAGAAGGUCCAAGAAUUUGCAAUGGUACAGCAUGCAGAAGAAUGCCGUUUAGCAGAAGACAGAAUUCGAAAAUUUGAGUGUGAAGUAGAAACUCUACUUUCUAAGAAGACUGAAAUGCAACUGUUGGUUACUGAAUUAGAAAAGAAAAUUGGUGCUUUGACAGAAAGUUCAAGGUUAUCUGAGAAUAAAAUGCAAGAUUUAUUGUUGAAAUUUUCAGAUUUAGAAUCUGAGAACAGAGUUUCUACAGAAAAACUGCAAGCAGAAAUACAGGAAAAGACAGAAGAAAUUUGUAUUCUACAGAAGGAGGUCACGAAGCAUGAACAGAAUGUAGAUUCGCAGGAGAGACAAGUCAGCCAGCUUCAUAAUACCUUAGAGGAAAAGGAACAGAUUAUUAUGCAAUACAAGGACGGAGAAAAACAACUGGAAGAUAAAAAAACAGAGAUUCAGGCAUCACUGGUGGAUGCUGAAGGUAAACUUGUGGAAGCUAAGAAGCAAUAUGAUCUGAUGCUUGAAAGUAAACAGUUAGAAUUAUCAAGGCAUUUAAAGGAAAUUUCUCAGAAAAAUGAUCAGGCCAUCAAUGAAAUCCGGAGGAGGUAUGAAGUGGAGAAACUGGAGUGUGUCAAUAUUGAGAAAGAAAAGGCAGACAAAGCUGUUCAAGAAUUGGAAAGAAACUGUGAUCUAAAGCUUGCAAAAUGCAAAGAAGAAUCAAGACAGAACUUGAUGCGAAUACAGGAAGAACAUGCUGCUUUGGUCAUUCAUAUCAAGCAAGACCAUGAUUUGAAGGAGUUGAAUCUCAAGUCUAAGCACAGUGAAGAACUAAAGCGUGCCCAACUUCAGGCUGAAAAUGAACUGAGAGAGAAAGUGACGCUACUUAGGAAUGAACAUGAAGUUCAGUUAAGAGCUUUGAGGUGUCAGCUUGAAGAUGAGUGCAAGAAACUUCAAGAGGAGUUGGAUCUCCAGAAGUCCAAAGAAGACAGGCAGAGGGCUUUAUUGCAAUUGCAGUGGAAAGUAAUGAGUGACAAACCACAAGAGGAACAAGAAGUGAACUCAAAGAAGAAUUACUCAAUCUCAUCAAGCAAGAUGAGAAAUUCUGAUGGUCGCAGGAGAAGUCAGCGUGCUUUGGAUAAUGCAGAGAAUGAUGAGAAGGUGAUAAAGAAAGCAACAGAUAAGAAUUCAUCUUACCUUAGAGCGACACAAACACCAGUGUCAAACUUGUUGAAGAAAACGGAGAAUGUUAACACAGGAAGUGUAAGGAGUAUUCCAAAGCAUAGUAGGAAGGUUACUCACCAUGAGUAUGAAGUUGAGACGUCUAAUGGAAGAACAAUUACAAAACGAAGAAAAACAAGAAGUACAGUCAUGUUUGGGGACCCAAGAAAGCACAACAAGAGGGAAACACCGAAAGCUAAUACUCCCAGAGAAGUUCUCAAGGGAACUAAGGGAGGGAAUCAUCCAAACCCUUCCAACAUAGGUGAUUUGUUCUCAGAAGGGUCUCUGAAUCCAUAUGCAGAUGAUCCCUAUGCAUUUGAUUAGAGGCCGGAAGAAUUCUCUGUGGUCCUUCUGAACUGCUUCCCUGAUUGCAGAAUGACAUGAAAAUUUUCUCACGUUGAGUCAAGAGUAGAUGCAUCUUGUAAUCCAUGGAGUUGAGAUUGUCUUCUAAUAUUCAGUUUUCAUUGUCAGACUUGGUGUAUUGGUUGUUAAACCUCGGUGUUCGUGUAGCAAAAGGUUUGAGGAAAAGGCGAAGACCUCUGAAAAUUGUCUGAAUAAUGGGAUAUAAACAUCUUAGUUUGUGGAUAUAUUAGGAAUGUGAAUUGUUACGUAGUAUAUCAAGUACAAAAUUGACCAUUUAAGGGGUUCAGAGGAGUUUGUUGACAUAAGAGUUUCUCAUAAAAUUUCUCAGAUUUCACAGUGUGAUA